AUGGCUUUCAGCUUUAAUGCUUCGAACCCCGCCGGGGCAGCCACUUCUGCGGAGCUUGGUCCAGAGCUUCCCGAUGUUUUUACGGAUGAAAUCGGCUUCAAGGGUGUCUCCGGCGAUGCCAAUAUCCGCUUCCUUCCUACUGCUUGGCCCGACGACGCGCUUCCUGCUCCCACCUCGUCCCUACUGGCUGUCGCGCAUACCAAAGGUCUCAUUGUUGGCGCUGGACCUGAUGCGCUAGUUAUCAGCACAACUGAAGUCGUUAGAAAUUCAAUCGAAGCGCCGGCCGGAGCAGAUAAGGAAAAGACGAAGGCUUUUCAACCUAUCGCCACAAUACCUCUGCCCUCUCGUCCCACUCAUGUGGCAUUUACUCCGGGCGACGACGGAUUGAUUCUCGCCACAGAGAAUGGAGCUUCUCUCUCCGUCUUUGAUACAAAAACCCUUGCGCAAGGAAAUGCACAACCAGCAAUUUCGAUCCCAACAAACGGCGUGUCACUACGUGCUCUUGCGCCUAAUCCUGAUCCCACGUCGACGCUUGUUGCGCUAGUCACUGUGAACGGCGAUCUUCUGAUUGCUGAUCUCAAAGCUGGGAACUUGCUUCCUGGACCUAACGGUCCGGUCCUCAAGGAUGGCGUGAGCUCUGUCUCAUGGAGCAACAAAGGAAAGCAGCUUGUAGCAGGAUUGGCCGACGGUACUGGAUACCAGAUGUCCCCGGAUGGAGCGAAGAAGGCCGAAGUUCCCAGACCUUCGGACUUGGAAGGGGAUUGUCAUGUCUCGGCCGUUUCAUGGCUUGAGAAUGAUGUCUUUUUCAUGACAUACACCCCCAAUGCUAUGGAAGACGAUAUGGGGAUGAACCCAGCUUCUUCGUACUAUAUCAUCACGCGGCGCAAGCAGCAACCUUUCCUUAUCCAAAAAUUGCCCGAAAUUUGUUCCACCAUGGGCUUCAUGCUAAAGCGUGCCCCAGCGUUCCAAUUUAUCACAAGGAUCAGAGAUUAUAAACCGCAUCUGAAAGACGUCUUGAUUGUCUCGUCAACUGCAUCGACUGAUGUUGGACUCAUUACGCGAUCCGAUCAGCCCUUGGCCAAUGAUGAAAGAACAAAGCAUCAUGUUGGGCAGUUUAUGACCACAGAAGUAAACGAUGACACCAAACGAGCAAGCAUCCCAUUGAAGGAGUCUGGUGAUGAGACAUCAGUCAUUGGUCUGGCACUCAAUCUGUCGGCCACAAAGAAUGUCAUUGCGCCGCUUCCUGGUUCAGAAAUAAUGGAGAGCUCAACACCUCUUCCUGGUAUUCUCCUCUUGAAUAAUGAGGGUAUACUUUCAUCUUGGUGGUUUAUUUACGCCGAUUCUAUUCGCCAGAAUACGCCUUAUUCUGGGUUAAUUUCGUCUGGUCAGGUACCCCAACCUCAACAAGCUCCAGCUCCCACUCCAGCCCUUGCCCCAGCUAUGGCAACCGCUUCCACACCAAAACCCUCAUUUGGUCAGCCAUCAUUCGGAGCCUCACCGUUCGGACAGCCAGCUUUUGGAAAGCCAGCAGCCGCUUUUGGAAGCCCGUCGAUGGGUGCUUCAACCAUGGGCGCGACUGCCUUCGGAAAACAAAGUGCUCCAGGGUUUGGUAGUCCGUCCCAGCUUGGUGGAAGCUCUUCUCCCGCCUUCGGAAAACCAUCCGUCCCAGGUCCCGCAUUCGGGACACCAUCUCAGCCAGGAGCAGCCCCUGCAUUUGGGGCUCCAAGUACCCCGGGAGCGCAGUUUGGAAAGUCUGGGUUCGGAGCCUCCGCAUCUGCAUUUGGACAGACUAGUGCUCCGGCAAAUCCUUUCGGGGCAACUGGUGGUGGCUUUAGCUCCUUCUCGGAUGGAGGUGGCUUCGGUAGUCUUGCAUCUGCAAAGCCUACAGGCUCCCCAUUUAGCGCGAAACCGACAGGCGAGGCACCGGCUGCUGCAAAACCGGCGAGUGAUUCGCCAUUUGGUGCUAAGCAGCCGAGCCAGUCACCCUUUGUCAAGCCUCCCACAAGUGGCAGUGCUUUUGGCCAGAGCUCCAGCUCACCAUUUGGAUCAAAGCUUCAAGCUGAUACCUUCAAGGGGGAUGGUUCGGCUGCCAACGAUGGUCCGAAACCAGACAAGCCUUCGUCUGGACCAUUUUCAUUUGGCAACUCCUUUGACAACAUGAUGUCUUCGCCAAAGGGGAGCCCUUCCCCAAGUGAAUCCAUGGAUGAUACUGAAGACAUAGAGCCCGUGGAUAAGAGUACCUUUUCAAUCUUUGGUGGAGCGAAGAAGCCUGAUUCACAGACCCCCACGUCAAUGUUCGGCUCGAACACGUUUUCUUCAAAGGCUAAAACCUCAACUCAGAACAAGUCAACGUUUUCGAUGUUUGGCAACAAUACUGACCAAAACCGACUGACUAGCCCAUUGUCAGCCCCAUCUGACAAGACAGAGACUCCAAAGAAGGAGUUAUUUGGCGCUAGCAUUGAUGCUAAUACCCCCCUGCCCCCUGACUCUACUAGCCGGGCUAGUUAUGCCGCCGGUGAUACAUCUGCUUCUUCCAACGUUUCAAAGAGCUCUGUUGAAGAUGCCCCGCUUCCUCCAGAUUUCACCAAACCAAAGAAGUCUUCACUUAAACCUGAGAAUGAUGCUCCGCUUCCUCCGGAUUUCCUUUCGCAGAAGAAGUCUGCGCCCAAGACAAAUGAUGCUCCUCUGCCGCCCGACUUCAUUUCCCAAAAGAAGACUGCGCCGCAAGCAGCCGAUGCUCCUCUUCCCCCAGACUUUUUAGCAAAGCCUAAGAAACUCGAGGCCCCGGUUGUCCCUGAGGAUGCACCACUGCCCCCAGACUUCACUUCAGAGCCGAAAGCCAAGUAUUCCGAAGAGGCAGUUCCGAUUCCCGAUGGCUCUGACGAUUUCGGUGGCUCCGAUGUAGACUCUGUUUCUGAUGCCGCGGACGAGUCAGAUUUCAACGACAGCGGAGAAGAGAUUACUCAUGAUGAAGCGAAGACCGCUAAGCCGAAGCCAUCAACAGAGACAUCAUUCGGUGCGGUUUCCGACAAAAGCUCCACAGGUGGAUUUUUCACCGCCCCUCCUAAGCCCGCUGAGGAUAAAGCUCGUCUCCCACGACAGCUCUUUGAUAUGCCUAAGCAGCCGCUUCUUCCGCCUCCUGGUCCCAUCGCUCAAAGCAAUCGCGAACCCUACCGGUCACCCAGUCCGGUUCGUCACGGUGGAAAAAAGACCACAGUCUUUCCUUUAAAGCCUCCCCACCGUAAGGGGUCCGCAAGCGCCGUGCAUUCUCGCAAAGAAUCUCUUACUCAUCUUGCUGAGCGUGAUGGUCUUUUGCGAAAGGCUAGCGAUCUUAAGGAGCAGGAGGUACAUGAGCGCGCUCAUGCCGCGGCUCAGAAACACGAAGAUGAUGUCCUAUCCUUGUCGGAUGACGACGAGGAUGACAGACUCCGUGAAGAACUGGCUCAGCCCGUUGAGCCAGUUGAUACACUGGAUCCAUUCUUGCCUCACCAAAACUACAUGAGUGAGACCGCGAAGCCAGGGAUCGCGGGUCAGGUUGAACGACUCUACCGUGACAUUAACUCGAUGGUUGACACUUUGGGUAUCAAUGCUCGCUCUCUGGCUGGGUUCCUUUUGCACCAGCAGCCCAAGAAAAAGUCUAAUGUUGAUGAAUGGGUAAUGGUCCUCAAAAGUGACCAACCCGCUGAUAUACUUGAUACCAAGAUGGUCUUGAAGGACAUCGAGAAAUUUCAAGACAUGAUCAAGUCAAUUGAAAAAUCACUCAACGACCAACGCGUGCAAGGAGUGGAUCAAAAGCUGGAUGCCUGCCGGGACCUUCUCACAAAGGAUAUCGUUACGCUAUUGGCCCAGUUUGUCAGCAUCCGCAAGAUUCUCGACGCGCACACUGACACCGUUUCCAUUCUUGAGGCGCCACUCUCAGCUGAACAAGGUGCACUCCAACACGAUCUUCGCACGACCUACACACACAUGCAGGCCCAAACGGCCGAUCUCGAGCAGGCGGUCUCACUCCUACGCGCAAAACUCGCCGAUGUUUCACAGGUGAAGGGUGCAGCCCGGAACCGACCAACUGUUGAGGCCGUCACCAAGACCAUCGGCACAAUGAUGAGCAUGGUCGAAGGCAAGAGCACAGACAUCGAUGUUCUCGAGUCCCAAAUGCGCAGGCUUGGCGUGAACGUUGCCUCCGCCGGUUCCUCCAGCCGUGAAGGUUCGCCCUUCACUACUCCCCGCAAGAAUGCUGCUGGUCGAUUGCCCACAACCCCUGGGUCGCGUGGCUCGAUUGACGGCAGUGCCUAUCAUACCCCUGAGUCCGCCUCUCGCGGUCUUAACUUCCGAGCUAGUGUCAAUGGCUCUGUAAGACGGAGUCGUCUCCGCAGCGUGGAAGGUGCAGGCGAGUUUGAUGCGCAGGAGGACGCAAUUGUCUACAAGAGGAGGAAGUCCCGUCGUCAGCACUUGAACGCCAACUUGAAGAAGGCAUUUGAAGACAAGCAGACGAAGGUGCGUGCGGUUGAUGAAUGGUAG